AUGGCAAAAUUAGGAUAUAACGACAUGUCAAGCGACAGUGACAGUGGAGAUGAUUGGGAGGAAAACGGUGAGGAUCACCACGACAUUUCGUGCCUGUUUUGUACAGAAACUGCUAACGGAUUUUCCUCCGCGCUGCACCACAUUGAGACAUUUCACAAGUUUGACCUCAGUGAUUUUAUAAGGAAACACAUUCACGACACUUACUCGUAUAUCAAACUAAUCAAUUUUGUUCGUCGCAAGGAGAUUUUGCCGGAACAGCUGAGUACCCUAGGCGUAGAGGCUUGGGACAAUGAUGAGUAUUUACGUCCUGUUGUGGAAGAUGAUCUGUGGUUAAUGUAUGAUAUUGAAGAUCUCAUCAACAUUAAGAACGUGAAUGAAGAAAGAGGAGCAAAACAAAUAUGUCAGGGCGACAGUAAUGUGAUUUUGUCAGAAGCGCAAUAUGAAGAGAUGAAAAGAACCAUCAGGUCGCUCAAGUCUCAGGUGAAGGAAAGCGAAACAACGUGUUUUCUAGUGAAGCAGCAAAUGGAGGAGAUGAAAGAGAAGGCUCAAAAAUUAAUACUAGGUGAUGAUUUGGACGAAAAGGAAAAAAAUAUUCCGGCUAAUAAUUCUAACACUGAUGAGGGCUACUUCAAUACGUACAGUCAUUUUGCCAUACAUCACGAAAUGUUGACUGAUAAAGUGCGAACGGAAAGUUACCGUGACGCAUUAUUAACAAAUUCUAAUAAAUUCCAUGACUGUGUGAUGUUGGACGUUGGUUGCGGGACUGGUAUACUGUCUAUGUUUGCGGCAAAAUCUGGUUGCCGUAAAGUUAUCAGUGUCGAUCAGUCUGACGUGAUAUACCACGCUAUGGAUAUAGUAAGGGAGAACAACCUCAACGACAUAAUCACUUUAAAAAGGGGUCGUCUGGAGGAUAUUAGUAUAGGAGUAGAGAAAGUGGAUGCGAUAAUAUCCGAAUGGAUGGGAUACUUUCUCUUGUUCGAAGGAAUGCUGGACACAGUAAUUUAUGCUAGGGACCAUUAUCUCACAACUGGUGGGGCAAUUCUUCCAAACAGAUGCACAAUUAGUAUUGUGGGAAGUGGUGACACAAAAAGAUAUAUCGAGUUAGUUGAUUACUGGUCAAACGUAUACGGUUUUAAAAUGAGCUGUAUGAAAACGGAAGUGCUGCGGGAACCCAGUAUAGAGAUCUGUAAUGUCGACGACUUGAUAACAAGCACCACCGAGAUCCAAGCCUUUGACUUAUAUAAAGUUACUACGGAUUGCGUCAAUUUUUCGUCUCCCUUCACGUUGAACGUGAAGAAAACAGGAUCGUUAACCGCGAUAAUCGGUUACUUCGACAUUUUCUUCGAUCUCGAGAAUCCGGUUCAUUUCAGUACAGGUCCCCAUUCCACGCCGACACAUUGGAAACAGACAGUAUUUUCUUUAAGCGAACCCAUCAGCAUAACUGAAGGUGAAGUCAUAAAUGGAACGUUGGUUUGCCGAAGGCAUUGUAAGGACAUUCGAGGCUUGAUGGUCAUUAUUCACAUCAAAAAUUUUACUCAGACAUAUUUUCUGGAUUAAACGUUGAAAAUUGCUUGUUCCAAGAUACGUGCUAAUAGUCGCAUGUGCCAAAUUUUGGAAAUAGGGUCCAGCUGCCGCGUUACAAAGCUCUAAUUUCUUUUGAACGUUCUUUCCCACGAAUAACAUGUCGCUUAAGCUUUAUCUCUCUUACCAUUUCCAAUUUGAAAUCUACGAUACGUAUAUAGAGUUUAUAGUGUCCGUUUAUUUAAACGGAAGACCUAACUUACGCGUUUCAAAACUUUAGGUCUUAAUUUUUACGCUGAAAAAUCAUACAUAUAUUACUAUAUUAAUAUAUAUAUAUAAUACUUUUUCUCUCUUUCGCAAGCGAGAUAUAGGAUACGGCGCUUUCUCUUAAAUAUUUGUGAUAAUUACGGAAUAAUCAUUGAUCUUGUAGCUAUUUACAUUUGUGCCUUUUUAAUGGUAGCGACUCGUACAUAUAUACAUAUCUCUCUCUCUAAACCAGUUAUACACUUAUAAAAUCAAUUUUAAGAAUUUUUGCAUGAACAAUAGAGUUUUAAUCUUAUAAUCUAUUACAUUGCGCCAAAAACGGAAAGGAAAAGAAUUUAAGAAAAAGAAAAAAUAAAAAGAAGUCCGGAGAGGUUAGUACACAGACAACGACAGCGUAGGAGAUUCGCCCGUGUUCAAUUUUUCAUUGAAUCGUUCUGAGGAACACCUGGCGAUCCGCUCGGCGAAAACUUCCUCGAAGAAGUUCUUGUUGCUUCCGCUAGAAUUUUUUCUCUAAAUAGAGCUUUGUUAAUAUCUCGUCGAUAGAACGACGCUGUCGACAGGUAUAACACCUCGAUCGUCCGAUAUUAUUAUUAAUAUUACGCGAAUUCUCCUGCCACUCUUGCGUGCGUGCGACGUGCGUAUGUACAAGGAUAUACGCACCGAAUUAUCGAUAAUAAUCUAGAGAUCGUUCUUGCUACCGAGUUAAAAUUGCAACCAAAUGACUAAACACGAUUCUGUGAUACGACAAAAAAUUAGCUAUAGUGUUCAUCGAGACAGAGCGACGCGCCGGUGAUAUCCCUUGCAGCUAUCUACACACGAGGAUGAAAUACAAUACACAUAUAUGCCGCGCAUAAGUACGUAUUAUACAAUCUGCUGAGAUAGCGAAUUUCGAUUCGAUUUGAUCUGCAUGUAAUUGCCGAAUUAAUUAUAACAUCGAUGAUCUUUUGAAAUGUAUGCAAAUUGAAAUAAAUCUUUAGAAUCUUA